UAGAUUUAUUGAACUGUGUUGCAGUGAAGUAGGCCCCUGAUGAGGAGACCAAUAAAACGCGACCGUGACUCUUUAACAGGAAGUUGUGUUUGUUGCUGCUACUUUUGGCUUUGCUUCUAUUUUCUUUUCUAUCCUGGAUUUUUUCCCCCUCAGAUGUCGUAAAAUGUUCACCUGUAUUUGCUUUUUUGUUCUGGUGGUGCAAAUUUUGGCAUUAUUUGCGGGAGCGAGAGAAGAGAGGAAGAACGUGGUUUUCAUCGUGGCAGAUGACUUGAGGACUUCCCUUGGUUGCUAUGGAGACUCCCUUGUUAAAACGCCCAACAUUGACCAGCUGGCUUCAAAGAGUCUAGUAUUUCUGAAUGCCUUUUCUCAGCAAGCUGUUUGCGCCCCCAGCCGGACAUCCAUGCUGACCAGCCGCAGACCAGACACAACCCGGCUCUAUGACUUCAAGUCCUACUGGAGGACCCAUUCUGGAAACUUCUCCACUCUCCCUCAAUACUUCAAAUCACACGGAUACUUCACUGCGUCCGUGGGGAAAGUGUUUCAUCCAGGAAUCGCCUCCAACCACUCGGAUGACUAUCCCUACAGCUGGAGCAUCCCUGCUUACCAUCCAGCAUCGUUUAGAUUUGAAAAGGCCAAGAUGUGUAAAGGAGAGGACGGGAAACUCCACGCCAACUUGCUGUGUGCGGUGAACGUGACGGAGCAGCCCGGGGGAACGCUCCCCGACAUGGAGAGCACAGACGAGGCGCUGAGGUUACUGAAGAGCCGGGCCGACGCCGCGCAGCCUUUCUUGCUGGCUGUGGGCUUCCAUAAACCCCACAUACCGUUCAGAAUACCCCAGGAGUACUUGAAAUUGUAUCCCCUGGACAAAAUGAGCCUGGCCCCUGACCCCGACGUCCCCAAACUCCUUCCAGCUGUGGCCUACAAUCCCUGGACAGAUGUUAGAAAGAGAGAGGAUGUCCAAAAACUCAACGUUAGCUUCCCGUUUGGACCCAUUCCUGAAGACUUCCAGUUGGGCAUCCGGCAGCACUAUUACGGUGCGGUGUCAUACAUGGACGCUCAGGUGGGGAGGCUCCUCAGCGCCCUGGAUGGAAUGGGACUGACUGACAGCACCAUGGUUGUUUUCACGUCUGAUCAUGGUUGGUCUCUGGGCGAACAUGGCGAAUGGGCCAAAUACUCAAACUUCGACGUGGCGACCCGCGUGCCUCUCAUCAUGUUCGUUCCCGGCGUGACCGCAGACCCUGACGCGGCGCUGGAGCCAACGUUUCCAUUUAUAGACAUCUUAAGUGGAUCAGAGCCCAGCUUCCAGUAUGAUAAAGUUGUGAGGAACAUGGUGGAGCUGCUGGACGUCUUUCCAACCGUCUCUGCCUUGGCCGGCCUCAGAGGGCCCAAACACUGUCCUGACGUCUCCCUGCAGGUGGAUUUGUGUGUGGAGGGAAAGAGUCUGGCCGCCAGCUUUAAACACCAGGAGAAGAAGAAGAACGCGGAGAGAAUCGCCUUCAGCCAGUACCCGCGACCUGCCGACAUGCCGCAGGAGAAUUCUGACCUUCCUGAUCUCAAAGACAUUAAGGUGAUGGGUUACUCGCUGCGCACCUGGGACUACAGAUACACUCUGUGGCUGGGCUUCAACCCCGUCACCUUCCAGGUGAACGUGUCAGAUGUCCACGCAGGAGAGCUGUACAUCCUCGAGGACGACCCUGGCGAGGACGCCAACGUCUACAGCGAGUUUGACCACAGUCAGAUGAUGAGGAAGAUGACGAGCCUUCCUCAGAACCUGAGUCUGCAGACCAGAAUGCAGCUGCAGUUCCACUACGUGACGGCAGCGAUGAAGACGAGCAGAGGAACGGUGUGAUUGGUCAGAUGGAUAAAGAUGGGAAGAGAAGAUGAAGGACUUGCACUCAAGGAUCCACAAAAGCCUGAAGGGAACUCUCAUCAAAGGGAUUUCAGUUUAAGUUUAGUGGAAUGUCUGCCUGUUUUCUUCAGUGUUACAGGACCAGCUGUUGCUGCUAUAAAUCACUCAAAGGGAUCAUUUCUACGAUUACAUUUGCUUGAUAAUUGUUCCAAAUGAAGCCUGUUGAUUUCUUCAUCUGGAUUUGCUGCUUUGCAGUUCUUUAGAACCUGUGAUGUAUUUUCAGGUUGUCCUGAAUCAUUAAAGUUCUGAUUUCUCCUUGAAAGAGGAGAACCU